AAUGCAUCCGGCUCAGAAGCUAAUUAUUGGUCGAAUCCUAAACGGACAUGUAGUGCGCUGAGAAUGGGCCAGAAACCGUGGUGUGACAGAGGAGUAUGAAGUGUGUGCAAGAAGGGAAAUAGGGAGUGAUUUGGGACGCGGCCAAUGUCAUGUUCACUCCGAGCUCGAGAUGUGGACUGUAACGUGGAGUGUUUGGGUUCCGUUAGUUUUCGGCUCGGUGUUUGGUCAAAGACAGCAAAGGCCGAUGUUUACGUGUGGUGGAAACAUUACUGGAACGUCAGGCCUCAUUGGGAGUCAGGGUUACCCCGGAGUUUACCCCCCUAACACCAAAUGUGUGUGGAGAAUCACGGUGCCUCAGGGCAAAGUGGUGUCCCUCACCUUCCGUUCCCUCGACCUAGAGAGCGACGGACUUUGCCGCUACGACUACGUGGAUGUGUACGACGGAUUCGUUAACAGCCAGCGGCUCGGGCGCUUCUGUGGCACGGCACGGCCCGGAGCGCUGAUCUCCAAUCACAACAGGAUGCAAGUAGUGAUGGUUUCGGACGCCAACACGGCCGGGAGCGGCUUCCUGGCCGGAUACGCCGCUGUUCGGCCCAAUGCGAGGGGGGAGCGGUAUUGCGGCGGCCUCUUGGACAAACCCUCGGGAACCUUCAUGACCCCUAACUGGCCGGAGAGAGAUUAUCCUCCAGGUGUGACAUGCUCAUGGCAUAUUAUAGCACCUAAGCACCAGAUAAUAGAACUGAAGUUCGAGAAGUUCGACGUGGAGAGGGAUAACUACUGCCGCUACGAUCACAUGGUCGUUUACAACGGCGCGGAAAUGAGCGAGGCGACCAGGAUCGGGAAGUUCUGCGGCGACAGCCCUCCUGCGCCGAUCUACUCUGACGGCAGUCACCUCUUCAUCCAGUUCAUCUCUGAUCUGAGCCUCACCGCCGACGGCUUCAUCUGCCAUUACACGUUCAAGCCGAAGAACUCCACCAUCACAGGCUCCCCCGUUCCCGUUACUGCAGCCGCUCCCACCACUGCAGGGCCCAUAGCACUGGCGUACUCUGAAGCUCUCUGCAAGCAGAAGUGCAAGAGGAGCGGAACGAUCGAAAAUCAUUACUGCUUAAGCAACUUCGUACAACACAAUACUGUGGAGGAUGAGUUGAUAUCCCGGUGUCGUCUCGUCACAGUGCUGACGGGAACACUCGUCUCGGCUGCCAUGAGGGAACAGAGCGUGCUCGCCACCUUCUCCAUCACCAACGUGUACAAGGAAGGGAACCUGUCCAUCCAGCAGGCCGGAAAGAGCAUGAGCACGAAAGUCACGAUCCUGUGUAAGAAAUGCCCUUUAGUCAGGAGAGGUCUGAACUACAUCGUCAUGGGUCACGUCGACGAGCAGGGACAAGGCAUCGUUUCGCCGCAGAACUUCGUAAUGCCCUUCAAGACUAAGAAGCAGAAGGACCUGGCUGUGUUGAAUAAUGUCCGCUGCUGAUGGUAGGCGGUGGCCAUGUUGGAUCUGUAGACUCAUCAGAUCAUCCUCUGGAUCUGUACACACCAGAUUGGGAGUCAUUGCAAGAGCAUAUUUUUCAGACCAUAAGUCUGCUUCGAGAGGUAAUCAGUAUGUAUGUUGAUUCGUUGUAUAUAUCACAUUAAUAUAUAUAUAUAGAAUCAUUCAUUUCAUUUGUAGAACCUCUCAAAUGACACUUCUGAGCUCUAAUAACUUUCCCACACUAUCAAAUUGCCAUAUUACAAUUAUACAAUAUUGUAAUGUACUUAUAACAUAAAUGUUGCUUUGACAUAUAAAAUGUGUCUUGUAGUCUGGAAAAUAUGACACGCAUGCUCAUUAAUUUUUGACAUUUUUAUUCAUAGAAUCAUCAGUACAGCAGUACUGUAAUUUAUUCAUGAACAACAUAACAUUAAAAAUGUACAUUUAGUCUUUUUUUUGAGCAUUAGUACAUUCAUUCUGUGUAUGAAGAGAAUCAUUUAAAUGUUUCUGCGAAGUCUGUGAAUUUUUAUUUGUACAAGCCGGCAGUUGUAUCUGAGGAUCUCCGAAGGUUUUAUGCCAAUGACCAGAAGGAAACUGCUAAAUGCUUAAAUUGUAUCCUGGCCCAUUUGGAUAAAAGCAUCUGACUAAAUAAAUAAAUGCAAAUGUUAUGGACCAAA